AUGGGUUUCACCAACUUCAAUCAGAAAUUGGCCAAGAAAGUAUUCGGCAUCGACACCUGCAAUCAGCAGCAUCGAAGGCUCAAGGAGUUUGAGGAGCCUCUCACUCAGAUCGUACCACAUGCUUACCGCGAGCAGGAGCCCACAGUAGCAGAAUGGUUUCGAUCUCUCGUCCCUGAUAAACACGCUGCAGUCGAUUACAUUCACGAUCUCUUCCCGUCAGCCCAAUGGGUCACUCGUUACAACCUCCGAUGGCUGGCUGGCGACUCCAUUGCAGGUCUCACCAUCGGUCUCGUCAUUGUACCGCAGGCCAUGGCGUAUGCACUGCUCGCCCAGCUCAGCCCUGAGUAUGGUCUGUACACCUCACUCGCAGGCGCAGCCACCUACUGGAUAUUUGGGACAUCCAAGGACAUUGUUAUCGGCACCACCGCCGUGGGAUCACUGCUUGUGGGACAAGUCAUCACCCAUGUCGAAGAGCAAAGACCUGGCGACUAUACUAGGACCGAGAUUGCGAAAGCAUUGUCCUUCUUGAUCGGCGCGAUUUUGCUGCUGAUUGGUUUGCUUAGACUUGGAUGGCUAAUUGAGUUCAUUCCAUACGUGACCCGACAUAGGCUAACAAAAACCUACAGACCAAUAUCUGCGUUCGUCACUGCUGCCAGCAUCACCAUCAUGUGCACACAAAUACCUGUCUGCCUUGGUAUCAAAGGAAUCAAUACCAGACUUUCACCGUACCGUGUGAUACUGGACACACUGGAAGGCCUGCCUCGAACUCAGCUUGAUGCCGCCAUCGGUAUCUCAUGCAUCGUCUUACUUUUCGUGGUUCGUGAUGUUUGUGCCAAGCUGGAAGUCAAGCGUCCUGCCCAAAAGCGCAUGUGGGCCACCAUCUCCUCGUUGAGACUAUCUCUGGCCAUGAUUUUCUUCACGCUGAUCAGCUGGAUCGUCCAUCGCACCAUGCCCCGCGGCGAGACCAAGUUUCGCCUAGUUGGACCAAUCAGCUCCGGUUUUCCGCAAGCUGGGCCUCCACGCCUCGACAGCGACCUGGUCAGUUUGAUCCUGCCAGAGACUCCGGCGAUUCUGAUCAUCCUGGUCAUCGAACACAUUGCUAUUGCGAAGGCGAUGGGAAGAACGUUCAGCUAUACUGUGAGACCCUCGCAAGAGAUCCUCGCACAGGGCACCGCCAACUUUCUCGGUCCCUUUGUGGGAGGCUACUGCUGUACCGGCUCUUUCGGUGCUAGUGCCGUGCUAUCCAAGGCAGGUGUCAGGACGCCUCUCGCGGGCCUCUUCAGUGCCAUGAUCCUGAUUCUGGCGUUGUAUGCAUUGACUGCCGUCUUUUACUACAUACCCAUGGCAGCGUUGGCGGGACUGAUCAUCCACGCCACCUCGAAUCUGAUGACUCCUCCAAAGUCGUUGUACAGAUAUUGGCAGCUAUCCCCAUUCGAGCUGAUAAUUUGGAUAGCUGGCGUCCUCCUCGCGUUGUUCACGUCUCUCGAGACUUCGAUCUACGUCACCAUCGCCUUAUCACUCACGCUGCUCAUGGUGCGCCUCGCGCGCACCAAAGGCAAAUUCAUGGGUCGCGUCCGCAUUGGCCGCGUGGCCAUCAACGUCUCGGUCAACAACGACGACCACAAGUCGACCUCGACCUCCAGCGCCGUCGACAUCCCCCUCCGCGACGCCUACCUCGCAACAGAUCGCACCGACGCCACCAACCCCGACAGCGACAUCGAAACCCCCUAUCCGGGCGUCUUCAUCUUCCGCUUCUCCGAAGGCUUCAACUACGUCAACCAAGCGCAGCAAAUGGACACACUCCUCCGCCACAUCCUCGCCAACACCAAAUGCACUUCGCCCGACGAGGGCAUGCGGCCCUCGGACCGUCUCUGGAACGACCCGGGCCCCACGCGCGCCUCCCUCGCCGCCGACGCCCACAAGCCCGUCCUGCGCGCCGUCGUGCUCGACUGCUCCUCCGUCAACAACACCGACAUCACCAGCGUGCAGGGUCUCAUCGACACGCGCAACUUCCUCGACCGCCACGCCAGCCCGGCCAUCGUCGAGUGGCAUUUCGCCUGCGUGAGCAACCGCUGGACGCGCCGCGCGUUGGCGGUCGCGGGCUUCGGCUUCCCCGUCGCGGACAAGCCGGACGCGGUGGCUAAUUGGGCACCCGUGUACACGGUCAGUCGCUCGUUUGCGGGGGCCACGCCGGACGAUGUGCGCGAGGAGGCGAGUCGGCGGCGGCGGGAGAAGACGAGGCUGGAUGUCGCGGUCGAUGAGGAGCGCAGGUGUCAGAUGCCCGUCACCAAGGCCGAGUUUGAGAUGCAGUGCGAACCUAUUGGGGAGGUGCCGGGAGACAGCAGCAGUGAUGGCGAGGCGGCGUCUUCAAGGCCGAGAACGAGGAACGGAACGGCGAGUGAGGUCGAGAAGUGCAGUGAACAGGGUGAGGAGGAGGAGGAAGCCGAGGAAGUGAAGAGAGCGAGGAGGAGGAGGGCGGACCGCAGUCAGUCGCCGCCCGUCCUGCUCUAUGGUAUGGAUCGGCCCUUCUUCCACGUCGAUCUGGUCGAGGCGGUGGAUGCGGCGGUGAGGGAUGCGAAGAGGGCCGAGGGGAGGGGGCCGGUCGUUGUGGUGGAUGAUGGGGUGGUGAAUUAA